UUUUUAUCAGGGCCAUUUGGGUGAUUUCUGUUAUCAUUAUCAUUUAAAAAGGAAACAAACAACUAUAUGAUAAUGAAUUGCUUCAUAUAAUCACUGUCCUUAAAUUAGAGACAGUUUUAUUUUUUUGCCUGAUCAGUCAUGUUUUCAAAAUCAACAUGAGCACAACUGUAUUGGGGAGUCAUUCAGGGGGGGUUAUAAUGGCGAUGAGGCAAACACUGUACAAUGAUGAUUAUAUAGUAUAUACCAGCAGAAUACAAAACAUUAAGGAUUGCAUACAAAAAAAAAGUACAAUAAUGAAUACACAGAAUACAUGAAUAGAAAAACUGUAAAAUAAAUAUUAUAAACAUAAUCUAAGAGGAGAAUCCAGCACAAUAAAGAUUAAAUCUAACAUGAGAAUACAGUUCAAUAAUUCAAUACUGAUUAUGUAGAAUGUAACAGGUUUAUAUUAAAAUAAAGGGCCAAAACAGCCUAUCACAGGGACUGAGACGUGCCCAGCGGGCCGGCUUGUCUGGAGGGACUGAGACGUGCCCAGCGGGCCGGCUUAUCUGGAGGGACUGAGACGUGCCCAGCGGGCCGGCUUAUCUGGAGGGACUGAGACGUGCCCAGCGGGCCGGCUUGUCUGGAGGGACUGAGACGUGCCCAGCGGGCCGGCUUGUCUGGAGGGACUGAGACGUGCCCAGCGGGCCGGGUUGUCUGGAGGGACUGAGACGUGCCCAGCGGGCCGGGUUGUCUGGAGGGACUGAGACGUGCCCAGCGGGCCGGGUUGUCUGGAGGGACUGAGACGUGCCCAGCGGGCCGGGUUGUCUGGAGGGACUGAGACGUGCCCAGCGGGCCGGGUUGUCUGGAGGGACUGAGACGUGCCCAGCGGGCCGGGUUGUCUGGAGGGACUGAGACGUGCCCAGCGGGCCGGGUUGUCUGGAGGGACUGAGAAGUACCCAGCUUGUCCAGAUCUCAGUUCUCUAUUACUUUCCCUUUUUUCCCUCUAUUCUCUCUCUCUCUCUCUUUAACCAGGUGACAGUUUUUGUUUUGAUCCUGAGGCAGAGACCCUUAACAUGACACUGCUGUGGAUCACGUAACACGGAGACUGAGGGGAAAGAGAGAAGAAAGACAGUCGAAAGGAAGAGAGAGCUCCACUACCCAGUUGUCCAGAUGGGGUGCCAAUGCUGUAGGAUGCUGAAGAGUUACAUCUAUGACCCCACUGCUCCAGUGGAUGUCCACGGCCGGAAGAGGGACCCCUCGGAGGGCUCCCUGUACCGGCCCCACAGCCCGCCAGCGGACGGCGGGGGCUGCAUCAACGUCCGGCAGAAGCAAGGCUUCCACAACCUGGGCUUCAGCAACAGCAGCAACAAGAGUGGAGGAGGAGGAGGCGUCAAGCUGGAGAUCGACAACAACUACAUCAACAGCCGCCACGGCCCGCCCGCCAAGCCAGAGGUUGAGCUCGGGAGGGGGCAGGGGGCCACGCCCCGUGCCGGAGAGGAGGGCGGAGGCGGAGGGGGUCGGUAUAUCCUCCACCCGGAGCGCCAGGCGCCGAGACGAGACCCAUCGGAGGUCCACGUGUCAGUCCCGGUCUACCCCGACACGGCCUCCCUGGGUCUGAACCUGUCCCCCUCCCGGGUCACUCACUCGCACCCAGACAAGACAGGGCUGGUCCCGAACGGCUCGGGCCCGCUGGUGUGCGACAUCUCGUCGGCGGACGAGCUGGACGAGGGGGUGGGGGGCACGCCGGAGUACCUGUGCGACACGGGGGACGAAGAGAGUGUCCUGUCUGUGGACAUCCAGACCAGCACGACCAGCCUGUCCUCCGUGGACACCAAGGGAAACCCCGCCGCGGAGAGCGGGAUGGGGAUCUCCGUGCCGAAGAGCGAGGAUGAGGGGCAGGGCGGAGAAGAGGACGAAGAGGAGGGUGUCUUAGACUCUAUGGUGGCCGAAGCUCUUGCAGCUCUAGAGGCGGCCACAGCUGGGGAGGACUGCGAGGACUAACUCACCCGUUAUUGCGGGUCAGUCCCGCCCCUUUCGUAUUUCGUUUGGAUAUUUAAUGUGACAAACACACAUACGGUUCAGCAUCUGUAACCAUAGGAACAAACCGGCUGCCUAACUAAAGGUCCUCAUAGGGCCUCACAAUACCCCCCCCCCCCCCAAAAAAAAAAAUCGAAUUUCUAUCAACUGUGUAAUUUCUGUCAGUUCAGCUUCAGUGUCUGCUGGGAUAAAUACAGAUUUAUUUUUUAUCAUAGAUUAUAGAGAUUUUUCUAGUGAGUCACAUGGACAUGCUGUGACUACUUUGCCAAGAACUGGGUUGCGUAUCAUUACUCAUCUUGUCUACACACUCUGGAGCCAGAGAGACACAGAGAUGCUUGACUGAACAGUCCCAUGUCUUAAUCCAAGUCCUUAAACUACCGCCUCAUCCUUGAACAACAGUACAUUUUACACUCCUUGGUCUAUAGUCCUGCUCACUACAUUUCCUGGUUUACCCCUGACACAGCUUUGCAAGUGCCUCGAUACUUUCCCUAUCUAUAUCCUGUUCUAUAAAUGCACUGUUCCUCGCACAUUCAAGACCUGCCAAGGUUUGUCUUCAGGGAGCGUGCCGAGCUUCACUGUACGAACAAACAUUCAGAGGUCAUCUCCAUCUGUGUGUUUUUUGUAUCAUAUCUGCGUUGUAAACCUGUUUUCCUAUGUUAUUUAUAUCCUGGCUGGUCGUAGCGCACGUGCACUCUGCUCAAGCGCGGAGAAUACAAAUAUCUGUGACGAGGAAACAACAUGGAUGUCGUUGUUUAACCAAUGACGUUAGUUCAGUUUGCAAUCUCCUUUUCGGGGACGACGCUGGCCUAGCCGAGGUGACGCCAGCAUCAGACCUCAUGACAGGAAGUAUAUCACCUGAUGUACACGAUGGGGUGUGCCUAUGUUCCCUCCAAUCUAAACAUUUUACAUUCGUGAAGGGGUCUUUGUUUCAGUUAAGGAACAUGACGUGUAGAUCCUUCUCUAGUCCCUGUUUGCCAAAAUAAUUUCUAUUCAAAUGUAUAUGUACAUAAAAUGCAUGUAGAUGAUUCAUUUGCCAUUAUGUGUACUGCCAAUUAGCCUUAAAAAAUAUUUUUUUAAAUCAAACCACAGAUGUUUUCAGGGGAACGAUAUUUUAUGAAAGAUAAUUGGCCAUGUUUCUCUGGCUGCACACAUAUCGAUGUAUGCCUCCUGUCCCCCCUCCCUCCCCCCCU